AUGAGCGACAAACUCUUCAGAUUAGAUGCUGGAUUUCAGCAAUAUGAUUGGGGAAAGGUAGGUUCCACUUCUGCGGUGGCCCAAUUUGCCUCGCACUCUGAUCCAAGCAUCGAGAUUGAGGAAUCUAAGCCCUAUGCCGAACUAUGGAUGGGAACUCAUCACAAGGUACCAUCUUUGAACCGCGACUCGAAGAAGAGCCUGUGUGAUCUUAUUGCAGCAGACCCCGCCAAAAUGCUAGGGGCAGAAAACGUCCAAAAGUUUGGUUCCACUAAAGAACUGCCCUUUCUUUUCAAGGUCCUUUCCAUCGAAAAAGUUUUGUCAAUUCAGGCUCAUCCCGACAAAGCUCUAGCCGGAAAGCUGCACUUGAACGACCCUCAAAACUAUCCUGAUGACAACCACAAGCCAGAGAUGGCAAUUGCAGUCACAGAUUUUGAGGGAUUCUGUGGCUUCAAGCCAUUGGCCGAGAUAGCAGAUGAGCUAGAAAAAAUUCCGGAGUUCAGAAAUGUUGUGGGCGAAGAUGUUAGCGAAAAGUUUAUCAAGAACUACAAUAAAUGUCCAAAAGAAAACUCUCCAGAAGAUGUCGAGAACAAAGCACUUCUUCAGAGUGUGUUCAACAAGGUUAUGACUGCCAGCGAAGAGACUAUCAUAACUAACGCCAGAGCUUUGAUAGAAAGGGCGCACAACUCCCCAGCUGAUUUCAAUAAGGAAGAUUUGCCCGGCCUUCUAAUCAGACUCAACAAGCAGUUCCCAGAUGAUGUUGGGUUGUUCUGCGGCGGGUUACUUUUGAAUCAUUGCCGUUUGAAUGCUGGUGAAGCCAUCUUUUUGAGAGCCAAAGAUCCUCAUGCUUACAUCAGCGGUGAUAUCAUUGAAUGUAUGGCGGCGUCUGACAAUGUAGUUAGGGCAGGUUUUACUCCAAAGUUUAAGGACGUUUCCAACCUUGUAGAGAUGCUCACUUACACCUACGAUUCAGUCGAAGAUCAAAAGAUGAAAUUGGAAGAUUUCCCAAGAUCUUCAGGAGACGGUAAGACGAUCCUUUACAAUCCUCCAAUCGAAGAAUUUGCAGUGUUAGAAACAACUUUCAAAAAUGGCCUUGGUGCAAGGAGAUUCGAGGGGCUGAACGGCCCUAGCAUUGUUAUUACUACGAAGGGUUCAGGUUUUAUUCAGCACGGGGACACGAAACUUCCAGCUGAGGCGGGAUUCGUCUUCUUUAUCGCCCCUCACACCGAGGUGGAGUUGAUUGCGGCAGAUAAUGAAUUCACCACUUACAGGGCUUUCGUGGAACCAAACUAG